GACGGCAUCCGAUGUGUCUUUUUCUGCACAUCACUUUGGAAAUUUGGGCUCGUGAAGUCCUGCUUAACGCGGUGCUCACCUGCCGGGGCUGUGAGCGUCUGAGCGACUGAUUUUAAUAGGAUAAUCAGACUAAUUGCCUCCUCUGAAAUAGCCCUUUAUUGAUUCUGUCGACCAUUCCCCUAAUCACUGACAUGAUUCUCUUCAUUUUCUUCUCUCCUGCUGUUUCAAAGUGACCGGCUGCAGGUGUUUUUGUGUGCUCUGAUUUGCGCCAGUCAAGGCUGGCAAUAUGUAAUUUUGGGAUAGACGCUGCGUUUUUGGAGAAGUGGACUAUUUCACAGCUGGGAUUCCUUGUUUUUUAAAACGUUACUGCUUUACUCUGUAGACCAGAAGAGAUUCUGAUACGCCGUGAUGGUGUGGGGCUAUCAGAAUUGACAGCAGAGUGUAGGCUACGCUAUCAUUUGGAAACUGCUUGUGGGACUGGUAAAAAAAUGAAAGCUCCCAUUUCUCUUCUGAUCCUGCUUCAUGCUGUUGUGGUCCAUUGCCUGAAAGUGGUGUCGAAGAGAGGCUCAGUGGAAGGCUGCACGGAUUGGUCAGUGGACUACCUUAAAUAUAAGGUGCUUCUGGGGGAACCUGUACGGAUUAAGUGCGCUUUAUUCUAUGGAUAUAUCCGGGCCAACUACACCCAUGCGCAGAGCGCAGGACUUAGCCUUAUGUGGUAUAAAAGUGCAGGACAUGGGGACUUUGAGGAACCCAUCAGUUUUGACGGCACAAGGAUGAGCAAGGAAGAGGAUGCCAUAUGGUUUCGACCAGCAGAGUUGGACGAUGUGGGGUACUAUUCCUGCGUAUUAAGGAAUUCCACAUACUGCAUGAAGGUGUCCAUGUCUCUCACAGUGGCGGAGAAUGAUACAGACCUCUGCUACAACUCCAAAAUGAGGUUCUUUGAAAAGGCAGAACUAAGCAAAAGCAAAGACAUUACCUGCCCGGGCAUUGAGGAUUAUAUACAGCCGGGAGUGGAGCCUGAGAUUGUGUGGUACAAGGAAUGCAAGCCAAAGCAGUGGAGACAAACCAUAGAAAGGAGGAGGGACACUCUGUCCAUCAAGGAAGUACGGGAAGAUGACAUUGGGAAUUACACCUGCGAAUUACAGUUUGGGAACUUUGUGGUGCGGAGGACUACUGAGCUAUCCGUCACAGCUCCCCUGACAGACAAGCCGCCAAAAAUCCUUUUCCCUUCAGAGAGCCAAAUGAGCAUCAUAGAGAUGGCAAUAGGAAGUCCUGUCAACCUGACAUGCAGAGCCUUCUUUGGAUACAGCGGAGACGUCAGUCCACUUAUCUACUGGAUGAAGGGGGAGAAGUUCAUUGAAGAUCUGGAUGAGGAGCGGGUUCAGGAGAGUGACAUCAAGACAAUCCGGGAGCACCUGGGGGAGCAGGAAGUUUCCAUCUCUCUGACCAUCGACUCGCUGGAGGAGAGCGACCUGGGCAACUACUCCUGCUACGUGGAGAACGGCAACGGGCGGAGACAGGCAAACAUCCAGCUCACCAAGAAAGCAGAGCUGAUGUACACGGUGGAGCUGGCCGGAGGUCUGGGAGCCAUCCUGUUGCUGCUGAUCUGCCUGGUGACGCUAUACAAGUGCUACAGGAUCGAGCUCAUGCUCUUCUACAGGAACCACUUUGGCAGUGAGGAUAUAGAUGGAGAUAACAAGGACUACGACGCUUACCUGUCCUACACCAAAGUGGACCCAGACCAGUGGAGCCAGGAGACCCGAGAGGAGGAGCGCUUUGCCCUGGAGAUCCUCCCCGACGUGCUGGAGAAGCAUUAUGGGUAUAAACUCUUCAUUCCAGACAGGGACUUGAUCCCCACAGGAAGUUUCACCAAUGAUCAUUUCCAGGAUGACACAAGACUACUUAGAGCCUACAUCGAGGACGUAGCACGCUGUGUGGACCAGAGCAAGCGCCUCAUCAUCGUCAUGACACCCAGUUAUGUCGUGCGGAGGGGGUGGAGCAUCUUUGAGCUGGAGACGAGGCUGCGCAACAUGCUGGUGACUGGCGAGAUCAAGGUCAUCCUGAUCGAGUGCGCCGAGCUGCGCGGCAUCAUGAACUACCAGGAAGUGGAGGCCCUCAAGCACACCAUCAAGAUGCUGACGGUCAUCAAGUGGCGCGGGCCGUCUAGCAACAAGCUCAACUCCAAGUUCUGGAAGCAGCUGCUCUACGAGAUGCCCUUCAAGCGCAUGGAACCCCUGAGCAUCUCCCACGAGCAGGUGCUGGACGUCAGCGAGCAGGGCCCCUUCAGCGAGCUCCAGACCGUCUCGGCCAUCUCCAUGGCGGCGGCCACCUCCACCGCCAUGGCGACGGCACACCCGGACUUGCGCUCGACCUUCCACAACUCUUGCCACACCCAGAUGAGGCAGAAACACUAUUACCGUAGCUACGACUACGACCUGCCGCCCGGCGGCACGCUCCCACCACUCUCCACGCUAGGCAACCAGCACACCUACUGCAACAUCCCCAUGACGCUCAUCAACGGACAGCGGCCGCAGUCCAAGUCGCCGCGCCAGCAGAGUCUGGAGGAGGCCCACGGCAACAACGCCAUGCUGCCGCUGCUGCCCAGAGAGACCAGCAUAUCCAGCGUCAUCUGGUGACAGAGCCGGUGCCGGGCGAGAUAGACUGUGGAUCUAUAUGAUGUCCGUCACAGGGAGGACUCAUAACUGGCACUUGGACCCUGAAUGCACCGGAGCCAGAUGGACCUGAAUGGCACUAAGCUACUUGCUGCUGUUGAAUUUGCACCAGGAAACACCAGGGGAAGGGGAAGGGGAGGGAGGACGGGGUGUCAGACACACUGUACACAUUGGUGAUGAAGGUGGUGGAAGAUUUUUUUUUUUUUUGGUCCAAUAAGAGCUUUUAUUGAAACUGAACAACAAAAAAAGAAGCUAGGAGAACUUUUUUGUAUGCCUGUAUAAACACUCACGUAACACAAGCCAACACCUAUGGUAAUUUACCCAGAAAGUCAAGGAAUACAGGGUCCUGUACAUACGUUUUUCUAAUUCUUUGUAGCAUCAGUGUUUGGGAGUUGUUUCUUGUUUAUGUUUUAACAUCAGUUGGGACUCUUUUUUUUUAUUUCUUUUGUUUCAGUUUGUACAAAAGUGAAGCAAUGGCCUGUGAGAUGUUUUGGAUAAACCGUUGUUACCUUUAUCUUAAUUUGUUGGCUCGUGUAGUUUAUAAAGCUUUUGGGUUUUUUCGGGGGGCGGGGGGUAAAAGUCGCAGCCUUCGGGAGAUGAGAACGAUUUGGUUCCAAUGCUUUCAGAAAAGUCAUAUCUGUGAAGGGGGAUAUGAAGAAUAUGGUGCUAGGCUUCACAUCGCUCUGUUUCUCUCACGAUAACAUUUACUUUUAAAAAAACAGCCUUGCUAUUUACCUUAACAGAUGAUUAUAUCACCGAAAAAUUAUGUGUAUUAUUUUAUGAAAAAAGAAAAGUCUAUUUUUGUAACUGAGGGAUAUUUGCUUAGAGAAGUUAUACCUAUAAAGUUUCUGAUAGAAGGAAUUGGGGAAACAUAAUAAAAAAGAAUGUUUUGUUAUGUGGAACUGCACAGCUCAUGAAAAAUUGAUAGGUCAUUCACUAAAUGUCUUACUCUUAUAUUGCAAGAGAAAAAAAAGUUUGUUUGUGUUUUCAUCAUUAAAAAAAGGAGUUUUGACAUUUCAAACACACCACAGAUUGCAGCUCAGCUGGCUUUUUAUGUUCGUUGAUUGAACAGUCACUGCAGCGAUUCACAGUUGAUUUAACAAGGAUGGAGCUGCGCUAUCGAUGAUGUCAGCACAGAUGGAGGAGAGGCAAGCUUUGACAUCCGGUGUUACCUGAAGCAUUUACUCUACCUGGUUUCCUCUGUAGGACCAAACAAUGCUGUCCAGGGCUAAACCAUUAUCUCUGUUAUUCAUUUCCUCUUAAGUGACAGCUCUGUUAUUUGUUCGACAUCGCCCUUGUCAACGGAAAUGAUUUGUCAGUUGAGUAACGCUCUCGGAUAAAUAAAAUUGGGCUUUCACACCUUGCUUUUGAAGUCGGCCCUGACUGCUUGGCACUGCUGUGGCGAUGGGACUUAGGAACAUAACGACCAUAACGAUGAAGAGUUUCAUUCCAAAAUGAGUCUGAAAACAUCUGAAACAACAGCCGCUGACUUGAUGAUGAACUUGAAAUGUUAUUUGUAAUAAUAUUUAGUUAUUAAUAUUAAAAAGUAACAUUUUAGAGGAUGUAAUCAAUUAUAUUUUUGACCUACUGACCCAGUAAUCAUCAUGGGGUGUAUUCUCCUCGAAACCAAUAGCCUUUUAGAAUGAAACCCUACCAAAUAAAGUGUAAUUAAUGCUCAAGAGUGACAAGAAAGAAGAAAGAACAAAUUAAAUCCUGGAGUAUAUGUAACUAUACAAUAGAAAUGCUACUUAGAGCAAGUUAGACCAAAGCAAGCUACAAUGAACCAUUCUCAUUCACUCUUUUUUUUUCUCUGAGUGAAGCUUCCAUCGUGAUCGGUACGAUUUCAUUAAAUCCUACGAAACAAAAGCUAUCUCACACAUCCACUCAGACCUGUGAGGGCGGCCUGUGUACUUACUCCUGCUGCAGCUGUGCAGUGUUAUUUGUUUUUCAAGAAACUAACCUCAUACUAAAAUACCUGCAGCAUCUCAUAACGUAGAUGUGUUUCAUUUAGUGCCAUAAAAUAUGCAAAGCGGCGAACUCGUAAACAAUAAAUGAACAAUUGUGUUUCCCCCUCCCCCCCUUGCAAUCUUCAGUUAUUGCUUUUUGAUUUUACUUUGACAGAAUAUUUCAGAACAGGCCUGAGUUUUUUGAAAUUUUUAAGUUUUGAAGUUUCAAAGUGUUUGCUGUGAGCUGACAAGACUGGCAUUUUGGAGGAAAAGUCCUCUUGAUGCAAGAUCAACCAAUAGAUUAUUAGAGCCAGGCCUGUUUUUAUCCACCUCAAUCAGGCCUUCCCCCCAAGUAACCAUUUCUGAACAGAGGAGUUUGCUGGCAUUGUGUAAAUAUAAUAAAGACAAUAACGUGAUUAAGAUGAAGACAAUCGAGCCAUAUUCAUGAAACCAAUGGUUAUUAUUCACAAGGCCUCUCAAAGUAGAAAUACUAAUCCGGACUGGAGGUUAAAACGUAGAAUCGAUGAGAUUUUGACAGGAGUUUGGCGUCAGCGCUCCUGCUUUGGGAGGCUGCGUCAAUACAAGCGUUUGCAUUUUCUAGGUGGGGGCGAUACACAUUUUUGUUUCAUGAUGACUUGAACAUUUCUGGCUUUGGUGGUGAAGAUGACGAUGAUGAUGAAUAACAAUGACAAUAUAUAGCACAGAAUUAUUCCAGGCACUUUCACGACUCUUGAGACAACGUCUCUCCUGUUUCUGAUUUAUUUUCUAUUAUGUAUCUGCAAUGUUCAUUAAACGAGAUACUGUUGUUAUUAAUAAAACCACAUUUACGGUAA